AUGGGAGACAGAGAUGAAGUGAAUCUGUACGGCCGGCUCCGUUUGAACGCAAAGCGCUCUCCCCUGCAGCUGGCCCCUGCUAUUUCUGCCUUGUGCGGCGCUACCGCCCAAGGUGACACGCUGCUGGCUGUGGACGUGCUGCCGGUCUGUGCAGCCGCACUGAACCGCGCUCUGUGGGCUGCCAGCCCGCCGCGGGCCUCGACGCAAGGGCAGCGUGUUAGGAUCUCCCCGCAGCUUGACCUGCACCCAACCGCCACACACCCAGCGGACCGCAGUUACAUCCCCAGUCCGAACUCGUUAAAAGUCAUUAGCUAUAACAUCCUUGCGCCAAAGUAUGCAAGUUACAACAGCUACUGUCCGCCGCAGUUCCUGGCCUGGAAGUACCGCAGGGGGGGACUGCUACGGGAGCUGGACCACCUCAAUCCAGACCUGCUUGGCCUGCAGGUGGGCCCUGUGACUGGGCCGCCUGAGGGCGUUGCACUGAUGUGGCGGGAGGGGGUGUUGGAGGCGGUGACAUCCCGGCAGCAGCUCUACUCUAAAAUGGACCCGGGGGUCGCGGGACUGCCGCCGGGUGUGGCAGGCACUCGGCCCUGGUCCAAGCUACGUGAGCUCGGGGAGGGGGUCCUCAUGUCGCUGUUCCGACACAAGCCCACCGGCCGCCUGCUGGUGGCGGCAGUGACACACCUCUUCUGGAAUCCGGACUUCCCGGAUGUCAAGGCUCUUCAGGCCGCCCUGCUCUGCGGUUCGCUCUCCACCUUCGCGAGGACCUCCGCGGCCGCGUCCCGCCGUUCGCGCCGGAGCCGCGUCCAGAAAAAUCCCUUUUCCGCCCUCCUUUUCCUUCCUUACUUCUUGUUGUAUGAGGAGCCCACCUGGUCCUGCCCUCAUAAAGCACCUCCUCAUGCCCCUGAUGCUCGUUGCGCUCGUCAUGCCCCCGUUAGGCUGGAAACGGUGGAAAUGGUGGAAGUGGUGGAAGUGGUGGAAAUGGUGGAAAUGGUGGUUGUCAGCUGUCAGAUGAUCCCGAUCUGGGUCCCGCCAGGCGGCCUGGCUAGUGGCGUGUACUCGCUACUGUCCCACGGGUCGCUCCCUCCCAAGCAUCCCGACCACCCCGCCACUCGCGUGUGGGAGGGCGAGCCCCCCGCCCCACCGGGGUCACAGCGCUUCCCGGCUGUGCCCCUCACCAGCGCCCAGCUGCAGCUGACCAGCAUGAACGCGGAGUUUUUUGGCAGGGAACCUCCGCUGACCACACGAACCGCCACUUGGGCCGGUUGCAUCGACUUUGUGUGGCUCUCCCGAGGCGAUUUUGCCGUCAGCUCGGCGCUGGCGAUGCCGUACAGUGACGACGGCCUGCCGCCGCUGGGCCCAGACGGCGGCGGCGGCGAUGGCGGCGGGCGUGAGGCCUCCUGGCGUGACCCGUUCGCAGAUAUCGCUUUCACCGCCAUCCCCGAUGAGUUUUUUCCGUCGGACCAUUUGGCUGUGGGCGGCGAAAUUAUGGUGCUAUAG